AGUUCAUUUAUAAUGGAGUGUUGUUUGAUGCAUGCAGAACCAGACUGUUUCUGAGCUGAAGGACUUCGUUAAAAAGCUCAAUUCGUUGCCAGAAAUUUCUAGGCACAUAAAUCUUGCUCAACAUUUAUCAACAUUCACAUCAAAGCAGUCGUUUCUUGCGCAACUUGACAUGGAACACACAAUUGUUGAGGCUCAGAGUUAUGACAUAUGCUUUGAGUACAUUGAAGAAAUGAUCCAUAAACAGGAGCCUUUUACAAACAUUCUACGUCUUUUAAUCCUAUUUUCUGUUACAAACUCAGGGUUACCAAAGAAACACUUUGACUAUUUAAGGAGGGAGCUUCUCCACAGUUAUGGAUUUGAGCACGUUGUUACAUUGAACAAUUUAGAAAAGGCUGGAUUGUUUAGAAAACAGGAAACAAAAAGCACGUGGCUGACAAUUAAUCGUGCUUUGCAACUUGUAGUUGAAGAUACCGACACUGCUAAGUAUUUCUUCUCAUCCAUGCGAUUCGCUUCUGAUAUUACAAAUUUUCAUUGAUGUUUGUUACUGGGAUCUGGUUGGAGUAUGUCUCUUUUUAGCUGGGAGCUCUGGAUUUGUGAUUAAUGUGAUAUGUGGCUUGACUUAUACAUGUUGCUUGCAUUAAGAGUGAUUUAGAGGAGACUGUUAUAAUAUAUUUUGAUGAUUAGCGCACAUUUUCCAUAUGAAUAAUUGACGAGACCGUGAUUUGCUCAUAAGAAAUUAGCAAAAAGCAUGUGGGUUUUCUAGUUGCUAUAUAUCUGAUCCCGUCAAAACAGUUGAUUUGGUGUGACCUCUUGUUCUCACUUUGCUUUUGCGCUGCAAAUUAAUUGUUUUGGAUUCCUAAUUUCUUGAAAAUCUUUAAAAUGCAGAAUCUGUGUCUUCCUGUUUAUGGGUAUAGGAGACUUCUGUAUUGUAAUACCUUAACUGCUUUAUAUUUUGCUCAAUUUAUGAAGUUCUUUAAUUGCAUGCGGACUUUUUUGGCAACAAAUUUGGUCAGCAGUGUCAUCUGUGAUGGAAGAAAGUACUAUAUUAGGACUAAACACUGUCUUCUUUCUGAAACUAAGAACGAUUAGAUUCUAUUUAAUGUGUUUGGUGACUGGUCAUGGUGGAUUUCAACAUUUUCUCCUUUUUUCUCUACCGAGACAAUAUGUGCUGGUUCUCAAAAGUUGAAUCUAGUUGUGAACUAGAUAUGACGGGCCUAGAAUUGGUAAUGGAUGGUUCUUCAAUCAAACUCUUACGGACAAUGUUGUGGAGCUUUAAUAAUGAAGUCACAAGCUUUCCUAUAAACAAAAUGAAAUUCACAAGCUUUCUUAUAAACAAAAUGAAAGUCACAGGCUUGGAAGAAGGGUUUUGCUGGUUAAAUAUUGGGAAGGUCAUGGAAGUUAGAUGGUUAAGUUAAAGCUUCUGAGAUGGUGUAUCUUUGGGUGUGUAUACAAGUGGGUGGACUAGUGUGAGAGGAACUUUCACUUUAACAUGGUGAUUGAGGAAAGAAGGUUUUCUUUGACAUUGUGCUCUGGGGUGUUUCUAAUGGAUUUUGCCAAAUUUUUGUGCCAUAACAGAAGUUACAUUUUAAUGGUUGGUGACUCUCAAUUGUUAAGCUGUAAUCUGAAGUAUUGAAGAUCAUUUAUGGUUCUUUGUGGGUGCAGAUUGUUUUUCUCACACCAAGGUGUCUGUUAAGCAACUAUUCCUUCAAGGUCUUUUUGGUUAAAAGGGGUAAAAUCACUUUGCAUCUGUGCAUGGUGUAAACAUAGUGAGAAAAUAGUAAUAUCUGUUGAAUCAUUGUCCUGUUGCUUGGAGUACUUUUGGAAGAUCCCUUGGUCAGGAUUCCAAUGGAUUGCCCAGGAGGAACAGAUACAUUGUUAACUUGGAAAUUUGGAGGGGAUGAACCAGAGACGGCUGUAAAAGGAAUGAACAAGUAUUCAUCUUGUCUGGAUAGCGUGGAAGGAUUUGGAAGAUGCUGAUCUCUUUCAGGAUCAUCAUUUGCAUUUUCUUUUUUUUCUUCUUAAGUUAGCUAGGUUAGGCUGACUUCUUCAUCCUAAGUUCUCUUUGUUUCAUUGUUCUUUAUUCCAUGGGAUCUCUCGUGCAUUUCUUGUUUAUAAGGGCUGCAAGUUCUCUCUUCAUUUUUCCUUGCAUUAUAAUGAACCAUAUAUCUUCUUCAA